AUGUCGCGUCUGUGCCCGUUGCUGCUGCGGCGCAGCCCGGGGCCCCCCCCGGGGGCCCCCGCCGCCGCCUGCCUCCGCAGCAGCAGCAGCAGCAGCAGCAGCAGCAGCAGCAGCAGCAGCAGCAGCAGCGGGCCGCUGGCCCUGUCUGCUGCGCGCCGCGGGGGCAACCACAUCUACCUCGGGAGGUACCACGACUUCAACCAGUGGGAGUUUCUGCCGCACCCUUUGCUGCAGCAGCGGGGGAGUUUGCUGCCAGUGGGCAGCAGCUACGAGCCAUACUUGAGCCGCCUGCAGCUGCUGCAGCAGCAGCAGCAGCAGCAGCAGCAGCAGCAGCAGCAGCAGCGGGUGCUGCGGGGCAGCGGGCUGCACGGCCCCGAGUGCGGCGAGCUGCUGCGGCUGGUGCUGUGGAACCGCCUCAAGCAGCGGCGGAAGCAGCGCGAAGUGCCGCAGCAGCAGCAGCAGCAAGACUUCAACAAGUUGGAAGUUGCAUGCGUUUGGUUCACUUGGAGUUUGCUGCUGUUCUUCCUGCCGCUUGCUGCAGCAGCAAAACGCUUCGUGCUGCAGCACGAGCACUUCCCCUGGACCCCCGAGCGCACGGACGGCAGCAGGGGCGAGGGCCCCUUCUGGUGGUUCCUCGAGUAG